CGCCACUCGUACUGACACUAAACGCGUCUACGUCGUCGAAUCAACUCCGCACGCGCCACUUGCCUCAUCCACUCGCUCUUCUUGUCACUGUUCAACCUCAUCUUCCGCCCCAUGUGUCAUGCUCUUCCUUCUUUCUCCUCUCGGUCUAUGACGGUAUUUUGCUCCCUCACCGCCUCUUUACACCGCACCCGAUCAUACCAUCCACCCACCCGAUUAACCCACCCUACAACCACCGCACCGGAUUCGCCACACACGAAUAACCCUCAUCCCUCAAUCCAUCCAUCCCUAUUCCCUCAUUCUAACCCUGGCCCCUUCGUCCCACUGUACACCCGCCACAUCCACCCCCCCACUCCACCCGCUGACUCGUUUCCUCCUCCUUGCUCCUUCUCUCUCUCGCUCUCUCUCCAAACGCUCUAAAUCACGCUCCUCUUCUCAUCCCCACCCCCCCCUCUUCCCAUUCUUGAUUCCACCACAUCUCUCUCUCUCUCUCUUUCUCAUUCACGUUCUCAUCGCCCAAUACCACCACCACCACCACUCAUAUUCCCCCUUCCCAUCCACCUCGCAUUCACUAC